AUGGAUGCGUUUCCGGCGCCGCCGAGGAAGAGGUGGAGAUCUCGAUGGGAAGAGGAGAAGAAUACAGUGGUGGUGCAAGUGAAGGUGCCAGCGCGCAGAGAGCGUGUCCCUAUAAAAAUGGACGCGAACGACAACGUUCUGAAGCUGAAGGAGAAGAUUCUUGAACAAGAAAGGAUGCACGAAGUGCCGGUGGAUAGGGUUGUGUUGCAAUCGCGUACAACGCGUUUCGAAUUGCUCGACCACAAGUUGCUGAAGGAUUGCGUAGUCUAUGAUUACCCUGACAAUAGAAUCGACAUGUACUUAAAGCCGCCGCCGCCGCCACCGCCGCCGUGGGCAGCCGACGCUGGGAAUUUGACGGUGACGGUGUUGCCAAGGAACUCGGGGGAGAGGAUAGAGAUAGAGGUGAACGCGGAGGAGAAAGUGACAGUGUUGCGGGAGAGGCUUGAGGAGAUUCACGAGAGGGUUAGGUUUCGUCUUCCCCAUCGGGGUCAUUAUAUUUUCCUUUACAAAGAGAAUGCGAUGGUAGAAACGAGGUCGUUUCUAUGGCACAAAGUUCAGCACGGUGACAUCAUUUGCACCUUUGAUGAAGAAUACAUGAAGGAAUAUGAUCACGUCCCUGAAGAUGAAGACUAG